AUCAUCCGAUUCACGCACGAAACUCCCUUACGUCCAAACUACAAAUCCCACACACGCUCGCUGGACUUGGCGUUGUAAACGUCGUGAAUGUGUAAUUGAGCUCGUUUGACUGGCUGCUUCUAAAUGUGCUUUUUGAAAGGUGGGGGUGAGAUCCGUCAGUGUCGGUGAAGUGGUCGCCACCGCCGGGAUGUGUGAACAUUAACGGAGGAAGUAGGAAAUUAACCGGCUGGCCAGCAGCAGGCGGGCAAGUGGGGUCACGACAUGGCGGAAGACGACGAUUAGAAGAGGAAAUUCAACAACAUAAGUGACUGCGAGAGGAACAUUCUCUCAUCCCUUCAACUAAACCACCUCCGGAAGAAUGGCGACCUGCCGAAGGUCCGAGGCGGCUUGAUUUGUUUUUUUUUAUUGACGCACAGGAGAAAGAGCCACGUUUCAUUCUUUUGUUUCUUAUUUUCACGUGGAGGAACUUUUCAAUGCCUUUUUAAUGAUUAGAGACUUGAGCAAGAUGUACCCUCCGGCGCGGCAUCCGGUCGUACACCAGCCUGGACAGCCGUUUAAGUUCACUGUGUCCGAGUCCUGCGACCGCAUCAAGGAGGAGUUCCAGUUUCUGCAGGCACAGUAUCACAGUCUGAAAAUGGAGUGUGAGAAACUAGCAGGUGAGAAGACGGAGAUGCAGAGACACUACGUCAUGUACUACGAAAUGUCGUAUGGACUUAACAUCGAGAUGCACAAACAGGCGGAGAUUGUCAAGCGGCUGAACGCAAUCUGCGCCCAAGUCAUCCCCUUCCUCUCUCAAGAGCAUCAGCAGCAGGUGGUGCAAGCAGUGGAGAGGGCCAAGCAGGUCACCAUGGCUGAACUCAACGCCAUCAUUGGACAGCAGCAGCUCCAAGCUCAGCACCUCUCCCACAGCCACGCCAUCCCCGUCCCGCUCACGCCUCACCCAGCAGGUCUUCAGCCCCCCCUGGGCCCUGGCGCCGGUACUGCCAGCCUGCUGGCGCUCUCCUCUGCCCUGGGUCAUCAGCUGCCCCUCAAAGACGAGAGGAAACACCAGGACAGCGCCGAAGAACACCCAAGAGAGAGAGACUCAACUAAGACCGUUGUCAGACCAAUGUGGACUAUAAAUUAUGCAAGGUGCUCGUCUCCACCAAGAACGAGCUCAUCCGUGUCACCGUCAGCCACUUUUCGGACUGGAGAGAAGCACAGAGGCUCGGGCGAUUACACCACGGACAGCAAGAAGCAGAAGACAGACGAUAAAGAGUUGGGCUCGUUGCGCUACGAGAGUGAUGGAGAGAAGAGUGAUGACAACUUGGUAGUGGACGUCUCCAAUGAGGAUCCAGCGACUCCCAGAGGAAGUCCCGCUCACUCUCCCCGGGAGAACGGUUUGGACAAAAGUCGCCUGCCGAAGAAGGAUGCACCCUUGAGUCCCUCCUCCGUCGCUUCCUCCAGCAGCACACCUUCAUCCAAGUCCAAAGAGAUUAAUUUGAAUGAAAAAUCCACAACACCUGUUUCCAAGUCCAGUACUCCCACCUCGCGCUCUGAUGCGCCCACGCCCAGCAGUGCCACUACUACCCCGGGCCUGAGGGCUGCCCCCAGUAAGUCAUCAGGAGUGGAGACACUAGCCCCUGGUCUCCGCACACCUCUGGCGGUGCCGUGUUCGUACCCUGGUCCAUUUGGAAUCGUCCCUCAUCUGGGCAUGAACGGUGAGCUGAGCGGAGCGGGGGCCGCCUACAGCAGCUUGCAUAACAUGAGCACGGUGGCCGCAGCAGCUGUCGCCGCUUACGGACGCACACAAGUGGUUGGGUUUGAUCCUCACCACCACAUACGUGUCCCUGGUCUUCCUUCUAACCUGUCAGGCAUUCCAGGCGGAAAACCAGCCUACUCCUUUCACGUGAGCGCUGACGGACAGAUGCAGCCAGUACCUUUCCCUCCUGACGCGCUGAUCGGCCCGGCGAUCCCACGCCACGCGCGGCAGAUCAAUACUCUCAAUCACGGGGAGGUGGUGUGCGCCGUGACUAUCAGCAACCCAACGCGUCAUGUUUACACCGGCGGCAAGGGCUGCGUGAAGGUGUGGGACAUCAGUCACCCUGGAAACAAGACCUCCGUGUCCCAACUGGACUGCCUGAAUAGAGACAACUACAUCCGCUCUUGUCGACUGCUUCCUGACGGACGGACGCUCAUCGUCGGAGGCGAGGCGAGCACUUUGUCAAUAUGGGACUUAGCCACGCCGACGCCUCGGAUCAAGGCAGAACUGACCUCGUCGGCUCCUGCGUGUUACGCGCUAGCCAUUAGUCCCGAUUCCAAGGUGUGCUUUUCCUGCUGUUCUGAUGGAAACAUAGCCGUGUGGGAUCUUCACAACCAGACUCUGGUGAGGCAGUUCCAGGGCCACACGGACGGAGCAAGCUGCAUAGACAUCUCCAAUGAUGGCACCAAGCUUUGGACGGGAGGUCUGGACAACACCGUCCGCUCCUGGGAUCUCAGAGAGGGCCGGCAGCUGCAGCAGCAUGACUUCACCUCACAGAUCUUCUCGCUGGGCUACUGUCCAACCGGCGAGUGGCUGGCGGUGGGGAUGGAGAACAGCAACGUGGAGGUCCUGCACGUCUCCAAACCUGACAAGUACCAGCUUCACCUUCAUGAAAGCUGCGUGCUGUCGCUUCGUUUUGCUCACUGCGGAAAGUGGUUCGUCAGCACAGGAAAAGACAAUCUGCUUAACGCAUGGAGAACCCCGUAUGGAGCCAGCAUAUUCCAGUCCAAGGAGUCUUCGUCAGUGCUGAGCUGCGACAUCUCCGUGGAUGACAAGUACAUCGUGACGGGCUCGGGAGACAAGAAAGCCACUGUCUAUGAGGUCAUAUACUAAGGGAGUGGGCGGAGUCAUCCCAUCCAAGGCACUGUUCAAUACCGUAUUUAAGUACUUUUUUUAAAAGCUGCUCCUAACCAAGCAGCAAUGUUCUGUUUUUUUAACGAGUGAAUGUCGAUAUCAACUGAGCAAAUAUUGUUAACUUAUUUUCCAAACUCUGCUUUUUGAAUUCCUGAAAGUGCGGCCUGUGUUUGUUUGUUGCGUUCUUGCCUUUUCUCGCUUGAAAGGAGGCAAACAUCAACAUAAACAAAUAUAAAUACACACAGAUGACCUGUUUUUUGUAUUUGUGUCAUCAUUGUGAGUAGGAAUUACUGUGUGAAUGUCUACCUCUUGGCCGUAUAACAAGUCUGUCUUCAGUGUCCUCAUAACUGAUUGGCCUUUACACGUCUUCUUGUUGCAACUUCCUGUUUAAUGACCCAGCAGCUCUCCUCCGUCAGCUGCGACUCGUUACUCGUCUCAGACGUGUAGACAACAACAACAACAACACUGUGCCUUUACGCUUCUCUCUUCAACUGAAGGAUGUUUCUGUUACUUUUUGCAAACUAAAGUCACUAUAAAAUAUAGUUUUGCAUGUGCAACAUUAGAGUUACUGAUGAGUGCUAAACACAUACAGUACAGUGCAACCUUGAUUUACCAACUUACCCUAAAAUCCGGACAAUAAGCCGCUACUUUUUUCCUACGCUUUGAACCCAACGGCUUAUAAAAUGGCGCGGCUAAUUGACGGCCACAAUGGAAAUAGUUUUCAUUAAACACGUGCACUUGAAGGAUGUGUUAUUGUGCUUUGACGCCAUCUUUUGAACGAGCUAUCUUGCUGCAGAUACCGCUGGGUGAAUUUGAAUUCCUGCUGUUUAAAGCUUUUACCCGGAAGUACAAGUGCCGUUCCGUCUUCUAGUCCUCCAUAGCGUUUCUACUCGUAUGGAUUCUUCAUUCAUCACGCCAAGCAACGUUUGUAAGUUUUACAAUACAACUACAACAAUGUCUGUAGGAGUGUUUUUAUGCAUAUGU